UAAAGAGCAACAACACACACUACCGCAUGUCGCCGAAACGGGAAAGAAAAAAAACGUAAACAUAUUAAUCAUCACAGACGCUGAAUGAAAGUCAAGCGUUGUACAUUUCGUGGGGUCGCAGUGAGCAUUGCAAAAAUUUGUGUUCGACGUGAAACAGCAGCAAAAUCGAGUGUGACUUUUGAAAACGAGAUCAAAGUGUGUGAUUGCAAAAUUUCCAGUUAUUUAAAAGUUAGAAAGUGAUAGAAAGAUAUUACGAUGGCCGAAGAUCCAGCUGCACAAACCGGUGAAGGUGAUAAAAAAAUCGUUCACACAUAUCCACUCGUCAAGUAUUCAGAUAUGCCCGAGGAAAUGAAAUCGGAAUGCGUUGAACUGAGCAUGACUGCGUGUGAGAAGUUUGCCAACAAUUAUGAGACAGCAGCGCGAACGAUUAAAGAGGCAAUGGAUAAAAAGUACGGCGUGUAUUGGCAUGUGGUGGUUGGUGAAGGUUUUGGCUUUGAAAUCGGAUACGAAACGAAAAAUAUGCUGUAUUUGUUCUUUGCUGGAAAUAUCGGCAUUGUACUGUGGAAAUGCUCUUAAAAUUUUCACCUUUCGAAUUCCACGUGUUAAACCUACGGAUGGAAACGAUUUCCAUUACCAACUUCGAUAUGUAUUUGCUAAUCAAAUAUGCAAUUGUUUUAACGAAAGCAAUAAACAACGUUCAUUUGUCAA